UUUCGUAUUAUAGGGUGAAGAAGGACCUCCUGGAGGUGACGGUCCUCAAGGAUUCAAAGGUGAUAAAGGAAAUACUGGGUCUUUCGGAGGCCCUGGCCCUAGGGGACGUCAGGGAGUUCCUGGGGAACCUGGCCAUACUGGAGAGCCUGGUCAAAUGGGGUUGCCAGGUGAUGAUGGACUGCCAGGGUGUGAAGGAAGCAAAGGAGUGAAAGGAGAUAAGGGUGUCAACGGAGAUUUUGGCAUGAAAGGUAGAAAGGGUCAGAAGGGAGAACGAGGGUUGUCAGUUAUUGGCAGGAAAGGAAACAAGGGUGACAAGGGAGAGAGAGGAUUUACUGGUGAAAACGGACAAAAAGGCAACAAAGGUGAUCUUGGCCCACACGGACCAGAAGGGAAAGGCAGAAAAGGUGACAAAGGAGAGCCAGGAAAGGGAGAUGUUGGUGACAAAGGUGGGAAAGGAGAACCAGGACCUGGUGGACCCCCUGGAGAGAAAUUGAAAGGUCAGAAAGGAGAGAAAGGUUUUAAAGGUGACCAAGGACCACCAGGGAAAGGAAUCAAAGGUGACAAAGGAAAGGGAGACAAGGGAAAUGUCGGUGACAAAGGCAGCAAGGGUGACAAAGGAAAGGGAGACAAGGGAGAUGUAGGUGACAAAGGCAGUAAAGGAGACGAAGGACGUGUUGGACCUCCAGGUAUGGGAAUGAAAGGUCAGAAAGGAGAGUCAGGAGUAGAUGGCAUAGGCCGUGAAGGUCCGAAGGGAAAGAAAGGGCGUGUUGGUGAUCCUGGUCUUCGAUGGAAAGGAGAAAAGGGCUCUGUUGGCCCCAAGGGGGUUAAAGGAGAUAUAGGCCCAAAGGGCGACCCAGGAAUUGGCUAUGCAGGUGGAAAAGGUGAAAAAGGCAUCAAUGGAACUAGAGGAGAUAAAGGACGCAAAGGUUCAAAAGGAGUAGGAGAGAAGGGAAAGAAGGGUGAGAUUGGGAGACCAGGUGUGAAAGGUGACAAGGGAGAGCGAGGAUGGACUGGUCAUAAAGGUCAGAAGGGUAAAAAAGGAAUUGCGGGUGCCAAGGGAGACAUGGGACAAAAAGGAAUGAUAGGACCAGAAGGAGUCAAAGGUAAAAAGGGAAGUAAGGGAGAGCUCGGACGACCAGGACCUUCAGGACCAAAAGGCAAAGGGAUGAAAGGUGACCAAGGAAUCAAAGGCAUGAAAGGUUCACCAAGUGUUGGAACUAAGGGAGAUAAAGGUAGACGUGGUGAUAUGGGUGACAAAGGACGUAAGGGACCACCAUAUGAAAAGGGUUUGAAAGGUCAAAAAGGAGAAAAGGGAGACCACGGACAUACAGGUCCUCCAGGACCUAACGGUACAAGCAUUGUAGGACCAAUGGGACUAAAAGGAGUCAAGGGUGAUGGUAUAGUUGGAGCAAAAGGAGACAAGGGAUUUAAAGGUGAUCAUGGUCAUCAGGGUGAACCAGGAGACCCAGGUUUGAAAGGCAAAGGUGGUGACAAGGGUCUGAAGGGAAUGAAAGGUUCGAAAGGCAAAGGUGGUGACGAGGGGCCACCAGGACCACCGGGGCCACCAGGGCCGCAAGGUCCGAAGGGAAUGAAAGGUUUCAAAGGCAUAAAAGGUGACGAGGGCCCACCGGGUCCAUCAGGGCUACCACGGCGAGGUCCGAAGGGAGACAAAGGUUCAGAAGGCAAAGGUGGUGACGAGGGUCCACCGGGGCCGCAAGGUCCGAGGGGAAUGAAAGGUGACAAGGGAACACCUGGUGAUCUCGGACCAAAGGGAUCAAAAGGAGACAAGGGAAAAGAGGUGAAAGGUGAACCAGGAGAGAAAGGUGAUAAAGGCAAUCAAGGAGACAAAGGGCAAAUAGGUGUAAAAGGCCAGAAAGGACAGAAAGGCCAACGAGGGCCGAUUGGUCCCAUUAGCCCCAAGGGAGAGAAAGGUUCUAAGGGUGUGCAAGGGAUCAUGGGACCACCUGGUCGUAAAGGAGACAAUGGACGGAAUGGCAUUCCUGGACCAAGAGGGCCAUAUGGAACCAUUACUAUUGUCCGACACAGCCAAACUGCAAAUAUUCCAGACUGCCCACGUGGAUUUUCAGCACUCUAUUCUGGCUACUCGUUUAUCUUUGCUCAUGGAUUUGGUUUAGCGCAAGGUCAAGAUCUAAGCCGAAGUGGCUCGUGUGUACAGAAAUUUGUAGAAAUACCAUUUGUGGCAUGCAGUGGUGGACUUUGUGAUUCUAGAUUGAGAGAUGGAUACAGUUACUGGCUUGCUGUAAAUGGACUCAAUCAACCUAAUGAAGGCAAUGAAGGCAAUGCUGGCUUUAUAAGUCGAUGCAGAGUCUGUGAAGGCAGUGCUGCGGUUAUUACUUUGCACAGCCAGCUGCAAGCCACGCCCUCUUGUCCUUCAGGAUAUGUUAGUCUUUGGAAUGGAUACAGCUAUUACAUGAAUUCUGGUGUGACUGGGGAAGGCAGUGGUCAAGAUCUUGCUUCUCCUGGGUCGUGUCUGGAAAUGUUUGCUGCCAUACCGUUUGCUGAAUGCAACAGCCAUAAUCAAUGUAAGCGUCAGGCAUCGAAUCGUGGCUAUUGGUUAGCCGCGACGGAUGUCAAACACGACUCAAGUGUCCCAAGUAACUCAGACCAGGCAGCUCAAAGGAUAGGCAGGUGUCGAGUAUGUGCUCGAAGUGACUAAUUGACCAUUAAGUUGAAGAACAAAUAAUAUAACGUUGCUAUAUGUAUUUGUAGCAUAGUUUCUAUUUCUGAUUAUUGAACUAGACUUAAUGAAGUUUAGCUGGUUUGAUGAAGUGCAAGAAAUUGUUUUCGGCAUAUUGAAAUACUGGCUGGACUUAGUAUGAACAUGGGGUUGAAAUGUUAAUCGUGAUAAGCUUUAUAGUUUAUCUUUAUGUUUGUUUUUGGAUUGAUCAGAAAGCUGAGGUUUUGAAAGGAA